AUGAAUCAGGUCACAAUUCAAUGGGAUGUGGUGAUAGCUCUUUACAUAUUCUUCAGUUGGUGUCAUGGAGGAAUUACAAAUAUAAAAUGUUCUGGCCACAUCUGGGUAGAACCAGCCACAAUUUUUAAGAUGGGUGUGAAUAUCUCUAUAUAUUGUCAAGCAGCAAUUAAGAACUGCCAACCAAGCAAAUUUUAUUUUUAUAAAAAUGGCAUCAAAGAAAGAUUUAAAAUCACGAGGAUUAAUAAAACAACAGCUCGGCUUCGGUAUAACAACUUUCUGGAACCACACGCCUCUAUGCAUUGCAGUGCUGAGUGUCCUGGAGAUUUUCAAGAGACACUGAUAUGUGGAAAAGACAUUUCUUCUGGAUAUCCACCAGAUGUCCCUGACAAGGUAACCUGUGUCAUUUAUGAAUAUUCAGGCAACAUGACUUGUACCUGGAAUACUGGGAAGCCCACCUACAUAGACACAAAGUAUGUGGUGUAUGUGAAGAGUUUAGAGACAGAAAUGGAACAACAAUAUCUCACCUCAAAUUAUAUUAACAUCUCCACUGAGUCACUACAAGGAGGCAAGAAGUAUUUGGUUUGGGUCCAAGCUGCGAAUGUACUCGGCAUGAAGAAGUCAAAACAACUGCAAGUUCACCUGGAUAAUAUAGUGAUACCUUCUGCAGCCAUCAUUUUCAGGGCUGAGGAUAUAAACACUACAGUGCCCAAGACCAUAAUUUAUUGGAAUAGCCAAUCAACAAUUGAAAAGGUUUCCUGUGAAAUGAGAUACAAGGCUACAACAAAUCAAACUUGGAAUGUUAAGGAAUUUGACACCAAUUUGACAUAUGUGCAGCAGUCAACAUUCUGCCUGGAGCCAAACACUAAAUAUGAAUUUCAAGUGAGAUGUCGAGAAACAGGUAAAAGCUACUGGCAGUCCUGGAGUUCACCCUUUCUUCAUAAAACACCUGAAACAGUUUCCCCGGUCACACUGAAAUCAUUCCAACAUGAUACUCGGAAUUCUGGGCUUCUAAUUGCUUCCAUCUUUAAAGGACAACUUACUUCUGACAACAGGCAACAGGACACUGGACUUUUGUCGGGAAUGGUCUCCUUUGCUGUUGUGUUGUCAAUUCUUUCUUUGAUUGUGAUAUUUAACAAAUCUCUCCGAAGUAGAAUUAAAAGAAGAUUCUUAUUGCUAAUACCAAAAUGGCUUCAUGAAGACAUUCCUAAUAUGGAAAAGAGUAAUGUUGUGAAAAUGCUUCAGGAAAAGAGUGAAUUUAUGAAUGAUAAUUCCAGUGAACAGGUCCUACAUGUUGAUCCAGUGAUCACAGAGAUAGAGAUCCUUCUCCCAGAAGAACACAAGGCCACGGACUACAAGAAGGAAAAGAAUACAGGAUUCCUGGAGACAAGAGACUGCCUGCAAAAGUCACUACUCACCAAUACUACAGUUGUGUAUAUUCCUGAUCUCAACACUGGGUAUAAACCCCAGAUUUCAAAUUGUCUCACUGAGGAAAACUAUCCCAGCAAUAAUGAUGAGACGGCUUCCUCAACUCUCAAACCAACAACAGUUGAUUCCUUAGACCUGGGGAAAAAUGCCCGGUUAAAAAAAUAUCCUGAUUUUGCUCUUUCUGUCUCUAGUAUGAAUUCGCUAAGCAAUACACUAUUUCUUGAAAAAUUAAGCCUCAUUUUAAAUCAAGGAGAAUGCAGUGCUUCUGACAUGCAAAACUUGACAGAGCGGGAAAGCACAAUGCUUUUGGAAAAUGCUUCAUCCAAUGAAACAAUUCCAGAACAGACCCUGCUGCCUGAUGAGUUUGUCUCCUGUUUGGGGAUCAUGAAUGAGGAGUUGCCAUCUAUUAAUUCUUAUUUUCCACAAAAUAUUUUGGAAAGCCACUUCAAUAGAAUUUAA